UCUGCCCCGCCACUGCGGCCAUUGUCCGGGCCCGGUGCGACUAAGGCGGCUUUGGCCGCACCUCCGUACAUCAGAAUUGGAGAGGACUGAUCCUGAAGCGGGGACGAGAAGAGCCGGCCCAGACGUUGGGUGGGCCUGCGGUCGCUAAAUCUGGAAACUCCAGGAGGCAGUGAUUCCGAACUCCCUGUCUGGGAACCUGGCCCUGAGAAGAAGGAAUGGCCCCGAGGCCUCCGACGGCCGCGCCCCAGGAAUCAGUAACAUUCAAGGAUGUGGCUGUGGACUUCACCCAGGAAGAAUGGCACCACGUGGCCCCUGCUCAGAGGCGUUUGUACAGGGAUGUGAUGCUGGAGAACUACAGCAACCUGGUUUCUCUUGGAUAUCAAGUUUCCAAACCAGAAGUGAUCUUCAAAUUGGAGCAAGGAGAAGAGCCAUGGCUAUCAGAGGGAGAAAUCCAAAGAUCUUUCUGUCCAGACUGGAAGACCAGGCCUGCAGCUAAAUCGUCAAAUCUGCAGCAGAGCAUAUCUGAAGUAUCCCUUCACACAGAUGAUCUCUCACAUGCCAUAUUAGAAGAUGCUUGGGAUGUGAGCAAUCAGUUGGAGAGGCACCAGGAAAACUGGAAGAGGUAUCUGGGGCCAGAUCUAUCCACCCAGAAGAAAAUAAUCACACCAGAGGAAACUUUUGAGCAUAAUAAAUUUGGUGAAAACUCUAGAUUGAACACAGACCUGGUUACACAAUUGAACAUUCCUUCAAGGUCUAGUGAAUGUGAUACACUUGGAAUUAGUUUAGGACAUAAUUCAGACUCACUCAAUCAGAAUAAUAUCCUUGUAAAAAAGAAACCUUAUAAAUGUAAUAAAUGUAGAAAAGCUUUUAUUCAUAGAUCAUCCCUUACUAAACAUGAGAAAACUCAUAAAGGAGAGGGAGUUUUUCCCAAUGGUACAGAUCAGGGAAUUUAUGCUGCAAAGAAACACCAUGAAUGUACUGACUGUGGUAAAACCUUUCUCUGGAAGACACAGCUUACUGAGCAUCAGAGAAUUCACACAGGGGAGAAACCCUUUGAAUGUAACGUGUGUGGGAAGGCCUUCAGGCAUAGCUCGUCCCUUGGUCAGCAUGAGAAUGCGCAUACUGGAGAGAAACCCUAUCAGUGUAAUCUCUGUGGGAAAGCCUUCCAGCGCAGCUCCUCUCUUGUUCAACACCAGAGAAUUCACACUGGAGAGAAACCCUAUCGGUGUAACUUAUGUGGAAGGUCUUUUAGGCAUGGCACAUCCCUCACUCAACAUGAGGUCACCCAUAGUGGAGAGAAACCCUUUCAGUGUAAGGAAUGUGGGAAAGCCUUUAGUCGAUGUUCUUCCCUUGUCCAGCAUGAGCGGACUCAUACUGGAGAAAAACCUUUUGAAUGUAGCAUAUGUGGGAGGGCCUUUGGUCAGAGCCCAUCUCUUUAUAAACAUAUGAGGAUUCAUAAGAGAGGGAAACCUUACCAAAGCAAUAACUACAGCAUAGAUUUCAAGCACAGCUCAUCUGUUACUCAAGAUGAAAGCACUCUGACUGAAGUGAAACCCUAUCAUUGUAGUGACUGUGGGGAAGACUUCAGUCACUUUACAGACUUUUCUGACCAUCAGAGGAUCCAUAUCGGAGAGAACCCUUAUGGUUGUCAGCAGACCUUCAGUCAACAACCUAUUUCUCAUCCUGGAGAGAAACCCUAUCAUUGUAAUGUAUGUGGAAAAGCUUUCAAAAGGAGUACAAGUUUCAUAGAGCAUCACAGAAUUCAUACUGGAGAAAAACCCUAUGAAUGUAAUGAAUGUGGAGAAGCCUUCAGUCGACGCUCAUCACUUACUCAGCAUGAGAGAACCCACACUGGAGAGAAACCCUAUGAAUGUAUUGACUGUGGGAAAGCAUUCAGUCAGAGUUCAUCCCUCAUUCAGCAUGAGAGAACUCAUACUGGAGAAAAACCCUAUGAAUGUAAUGAAUGUGGGCGAGCCUUCCGAAAAAAAACCAAUCUGCAUGAUCAUCAGAGAAUUCAUACUGGAGAAAAACCAUAUGCUUGUAAGGAAUGUGGGAAAAACUUCAGUCGAAGUUCAGCUUUGACUAAACACCAGAGAAUUCAUAUGCGAAAUAAACUCUAGGAACCCUGGAAUUAAAGAAUGUGCAGAAAACUUUAGCUAAAAUAUUAUUCUUGCUCUGUAUCAAAGGAUUCUUUCUGGAGUGAAAGUUUGAGAAUGUAAUGAAUUAUGUGUAUGUCUAUGUUGUGUACAGAGAAAACUCUGUGCUAGUAAAUAAUUUUUUUUUUUUAUAAAUAAAAGCCACAUUCUUGGAUCUGGUUACAAACUUUUAUAAAAACAACUACAAACAAAUAUAUAAACUGUUGGAAUGAUAUGCCUAUAUAUUGGACAUUAUAAAGCUUUUUAAUAUAUAUGCAGGAGAUUACCAACCUUCAACAGUUUGACUAGUAACUGUUACUGUUUAUAGCCUUUUUAAUAGAUAAAAUUCCUGCAGUAAUGAUCAAAAUUCAUUUUUUAAAUUGCUUGACAACUGCAUGCAGUUGCAAUUCUUACAUUAAAUUCACCAUGGAAACCAAUUCCACCUCCAGAAGUGCACUAUACAAAGAAUUAGAUCAACUGGUCCAACCACUUCAUUGUACAGAUGAAUAAACUGAAAACCAAAGACGUGUAGUGGUUUGCACAGUGUAAUACAGCUUAUAAUGGCAAAACUGGGUGGAGGAUGCUGGUCUCCUGGAUCUUUGGCCCCAAGUCUUGCCACUGAAAAGGUAUUUUGGACUUCAGAGGGCUUUUAAAUUUUAAAUCAGGUGCACAAACAUUUAAUGAGCACUUAUGAGUUGGAUACACUGGGAAUUCAUAAAAGCAUACAAGGCAGCAAGACAUUCAAAUUUGUCACAAACUUAUUUAAAGCAACUUGUGGGAAGCUUACACACCAAAAUGUUAACAGAAACUGUAAAUGGUUGAACUACUGGUGAGUUUUUUUCCAUUUUCCAAGUAUCAUAAUUAUAUUUUCAGCUAACAUGUCAGUAUUGUGGAACUAUUAAGUCUUCCUCUUUGCACUGCCCCAGGCUUCCUAUAUUGGGUCAGUAGGGAAACAACACAAAACUAGGACAAGGAUUUUUCCCCAGGUUAAUUUUACUGUAGAGAAGUCUAAAUCCAGUUACCUCUUGCCAUAACAUUAGUCUUUAAAUUAGCAUGUGUGCCAGGGAAAUACUUCACCAUAGAAAAUUAACUUUUUAAGUUCUGCAGUGAUUUCCCAGCAGUAAAGCCUGAGAGCUAAGCUUCAUUAGCCCACACAAAUCCUUCAUGUCUCCUAAUGUAACUUCAUAGACUGUCCUAAAGGAAUUUCAAGAACCUUUGUUGGUUCAUUGGCAUUAAUAGUGCAGAUAAAUGUCAAAGCAACUAUGGACAUUAACCCUAUUCAUACAAGAGUGUCUCCCCUCUAUAAGCAAAUUUUCCGAUCUUGAUGAAUCAUUGGGAGGAGUGCUUUGAGUGGUGUUGGUGGUGAACCUUUCCUACUGGCUUUUUUGCAUGCCAGGUAGCAGAGGAUAUAUCAUCCUUGUUUCAUCCUGUACAACAUGAGGCAGCUCCCAAACAUUCUUCAUAAUUCUUCACAGGAAACUGUGCCUGGGGGCUGAAAUAUGGGCUGUCUAGCCCAGUGUCUAUCUCAUGUGAAGCAAGAUGGGAUACUCCCUAGCAGAUCUGCCCUUCCAGGACAUUAACCAUUUAAAAUGUCUUGUUUAUGAUUUUCCAUGCUUAAUGCACACACAAUGCCAAAGCCAUGCUUGUGUUGUCUGGUACAUAGUUUGGGUAGUUAUACUCAAACGUUCCCCUAUUGAUUGAUUGGCCAAGAUACCUAUCAGGAACUCAUUUUGCUGCUGAUUGAUUUGGGGUUCGCAUAAUGGACUAUUUGUAAGAAGGGCAUGAAUUGUAACCAGUUGAGUGCUACCCUACUGUUGCGGAAGUUUAUAAAGACUUAGUUCUAGGAGACCACUGGUUUGUAUGUGGAGCCUGGCCUAAAUCCAACCAAUCUCUGAAUCUCAGCACAUCUUUAUUGACAAGGAGGGAGCCCAGGAUAUAUGUGUGGCUAUUGAGCAGAGGAUUCUGGAGUCCCAGCAUCCAUCCACCAUGCACUUGUGAACACAUAGCUUUCUAGGCCACAUGAAAUGCAUCUUUGUAACAUCAUUGUAUUAU